AUGUCGAGGUUGCAUUCAGUCCAGAACUUCAACUUUUUUUUCCACAACACGAAACGACGUCUCAUCAAUAGCCAAACAAACUUUAUCAACAAUCAAUUCCUCACUAGGAAAGUAAAGCUACCUCACAUUUCACACGAUAAGAAGGCCACUUCCUCGUAUUCAAGACCACAUGACAGCUCACUAACAAGAGGCUCCAACCACACCGAACUUGCAUCUACAAACGUGUUGGAAAACGUAGCAUCAAAAGUCCUCAUUUGUCAAGAACCGGAAGCAAAACUGUCUCAAAGCUUAUCCUCGGAAAACGCAGGUGCAGCCAAUAUCCCAUUCAAAAUAUCCCCCAAAGCACCAAGACCUUCCAAGGUUGUGGAGCCAGCAUCUCUUUUCACGUCCAAAACCAGCUUCAAGGAGGAGCUCAGAACAUAUGUCAAACUCACCAAACCCAAUUUAACAGUGUUGGUAACUUUAAGCUGUAUUUGUUCUUAUGCGAUAUCACCAUUGAGUGUCUCAUUUUCGGAAUUGUUGUUUUUAACAGCAGGUACUGCGUUGUGUUCAGGUGCAGCUAAUGCUAUAAAUAUGGGAAGAGAGCCUGAUUUCGAUCGACAAAUGCCAAGAACCGUGGGCAGACCGGUUGUGCGAGGAUUGAUUACUCCACAACAAGCAUACAACUUUGCAGCCGUAAUUGGAACCACGGGUGUUUCCAUGCUAUACUUUGGGGUAAACCCCAUUGUUGCGUCAUUAGGGUUUUUCAACAUAGUGUUGUAUGCAUGGAUAUACACGUCAAUGAAGAGGAAAUCGAUUCUCAACACUUGGGUGGGUGCUAUUGUUGGAGCUAUACCUCCAUUGAUGGGGUGGGCUGCGUCCUCGUCGUUGUGGCAUCCAGGUGCGUGGUGUUUGGCUGGUUUACUUUAUGCGUGGCAGUUCCCACACUUUAAUGCUUUAUCUCAUGGCAUUGCCCAACAAUAUAAACAAGCGGGAUACGUGAUGACGGCCGCAGAAAACCCCAAGUUGAAUGCUAGAGUAGCUUUACGGUACUCGAUUUUAAUGUUUCCCCUAUGUUUUGGAUUAAGUUAUUUUGGAGUAACUGAUUGGGUUUUUCCCUUUGACUCUGCCAUUGCUAAUGGAUGGCAAGCAUAUUUGGCAUUCAAGUUUUGGCAGCAACAGCUGAAAAACUACAAGAACCCCAAGGGUCCCACACCGGAGGGGAUAGCGUUGGCUGGCGUCCAUGCAAAGAAACUCUUCUGGUGCUCAGUAUGGCACCUUCCUGCCGUGUUGAUAUUGGCAAUGUUGCAUAAGAAGGACCAGUGGGAUAGACUAUAUAAUUAUUUGUUUUGA